UUCCGCUAUACAGAAUCCACCAAACAGCCAAACAAACGCAUCUCGAGGCUCCGGAAAAGCUUGGAAAGCUCUCAAUUCAAAAUGGCCAUCGCUCCGAUCACUGGCAUACUGCGACGACAGCUCAUCCUUGACCUCGGCAUCGGUCUCGGAGCUGGAUUUAUCAUGGGAAACUGGUUCUGGUACGGCUACCACAUGCCCCGAACCAACGGCCGAGACGAUUACUACGCCAAGAAGGAGGCCAGCCGAGCCGCCGAGCGAACCCAGGCGCAAUAGAGUGAUGCUCUAUUUAGAGGGGUAAAGGGAGAGGGAUGCGACAUGGACCAUUGAUGGUCAAAUAGAAGUCAAAAUACGAUGUCAAUAGUGUGCUUCCUUGGCUGUCAUUACAUGGCUGCUGAGUGUAUAUCAUAGUGAGCAGCUGCAGCUAGGUGAAUUUCUACUUAGACCAAGUCUCGGGGCGAUCCGAUAU